AUGUACCAGAAGAUAAGCACCAAGCUCUCAAGGCCUUCUUCAAGGAGUUUCAAGCAUUUUACAAAAGGAAGAUGGCUUCAUACUUCAGGAAGACUUACCGAGUAUGACGAUGUACCAGAACAUAAGCACCUAGCUCUCAAGGCCUUCUUCAAGGAGUUUCAAGCAGAUUACAAAAGGAAGAUGGCUUCAUACUUCAGGAAGACUCGGCAAUGUGUGGUCGAGAAAGAGAAAUUUGUCAUGCCGACACUCCCAUCUAAGCAAAGAGACAACAGAUAUAUCAAGGGCGUCAAGAGUGUCAUUUCUUUACUCUCGACUUCAUGGGAAGUUGCUGCUAUGCAAAGGCCCUCUAAGAAAACCUGCCACGUCUCAAGCUCUAUCUCUGCAGCCAUGUGCGGCCCUGAUGUUUGGGCAGAUCUUCUGGAUAGCCUGCUUCACCAAAUAAUUGUCAUCCUGAGCUCAUUCCAUGACCUCCUUGCUUUUAUUGGUGACCCUCAUCCCCAUAGUAGCUCUGCCAAGCACAAUCUUCUAUCCAAUUGCAAGUGGCAGCUUGUUGAUCCUGCAAAACGAACAUCCUCCCUUCACCGUUUAGCGCCUCGAUACCUUAGGGUUAGGCGCCAUAUGCGCUAUUUGGGCUGCUCAUAUGGUUAUCUGAUCUUCUCAGAUUUGGAGCAAUGCCUCCUCGUCGAUGUCUACAGUGGUGCUACCGUGAGGCCUCCCGGACUAAAAUCCAAUGGCAACCAUGAAAUCUACUAUGGAAUCCUUGUGGCUCCCAUCAACUCACCCAAUUCGCAUCUCUUCCUUUGCUCCACCAGAUCAUGCAUGUUCCAGUGGCAAGUUGGAACAAGCUCCUGGGUGGAGCACCCUCUUGACUGUGGGCGCAUCCUUCAGAUUGUUCUCUUCAAAGGUGAGAUGUUUGCAAUGGAUUUCCAUGACAAGCUCCAUAGAAUACGCUUGGCACCUCAGAUCACCAUGCAGGAAGUGCCAGUUGUCCAGGGAGAGGACAUGGUUGCUGGUCUAAAAGUUAAACCAUGGUUGGUGGUAUGUGGUGACACGCUUCUCCUGGUUGAGCUCUCAGUCAGCAGGAAUGCCUUCUUUGACUACUCUGCCACCUUCAAAGCCUUUCGCCUCAACUCAUCAGUUGAACCAGCUAAGUGGGUAAAGGUGGAUAAUCUAGGAAACAAUGCUCUCUUUGUUAGCUUUGAUAGGAGGAAUCCAACAUUUUCUUGCAUGAACCCCAAAAGAUGGGGAGGGAAGAGCAACUAUAUUUACAGUGCCAGAGGGUCUGCAGACUCUGAUGAAGCUUGGAGUGUGGUUGAGCUCGGUCAGCUUCUACCUUGCUAUACCGGAACCCAAUGUGUGCAUUGCAGUCGACUACAGAGCCUUUGGGUGCUCCCCAGUUUGGUUUAUGGUGGUGGUGGGUAG